CGUUGGGUCAACGUGAGAAGCUUCGGACGUCUUUAUUUGGAAAACACCAUGUGUGUCUAAACUAGCUUGUGAAGAAAGCUAGUACUAGUAUUUCUACAGAUCAUCUUGUAAAAGAAAUGGAGAUGAACCAGGAAACUGCUCUUCAGCUUUUUGAAGAAGGAGCUUUCUUCAUCCUUCUUGACGUUCCCGUGGGAACAGAGUUCGGCAUCGACUACAACUCCUGGCAGGUUGGUGAAAAGUUCAAGGGAGUGAAGAUGAUUCCAGAGGGAGUUCAUUUUGUCUCCUACAACACUGUGAACAAGGAACACAGGGAGGCAGCGCCCAAACUCGGCUUCUUUCACUACUUCCACAGCAAAGAAGUCCUUGUUAGGAGAUGGGACAAACGACUAGAAGGCAUCAGUGAAGAUGUAAUAGAGGGUGAGGAACUCGCUAACUUCGAAUCUAGCUUAAAGGAUCUUGAUAAAUUUCUUGGGCCAUACCCUUACGACAACUACAAGAAAUGGAAGUCUCUGACCAACCACAUCACAGAGAGCCUGAUGACCAGACUUCAGCCUGUGUCGGGGAGGAUAUCCUCUGCGACUCAACUUGUCAGAGACAGUGAGGAAAAAGUCUGCUACACUGUGGGUGAAUUGCCCAGAUCCAUGAAAGAGGCCGAGGGAAGACUGCCCAAAAUGGUGGCAGUAGCGGGAACAGAGAUCAGGUUUGUGACCCUGCCCACCAGGACCUACCCUGAGGGUGCCUCUCCUGCAGACAUCACCAAGUACAGUAUGGACAAGAGCUUCAUGUUGGAGGAACUUCUCAGCACACACUAUGCAGAGAACCACAUGGACCUGCUGGGAGAGUUACAGUUUGCCUUUGUUUGCUUCAUGGUAGGCCAAGUCUUUGAUGCCUUUGUACACUGGAAGAAGCUGGUCCAUUUGCUGUGUUCAUGUGACGAGGCUCUGGGCAGACACGAGGCCCUGUAUAGUGCCUUCAUCAGCACAAUGCACUUCCAACUGAGGGAGAUUCCUGAAGACUUUUUCGUGGACAUUGUGUCCAGCAACAACUUUCUCACAACUACACUGCAGGUUUUCUUCUCGAACUUGGCCAAUUGUGAUGCUGCCAGUCGUCAGCUGAAGAAACGAGGGUAUCAGUUCAAGGAUCACCUGACCAAGACCUUCCGGUGGGACUUUGACACAGAGCAGGAGGAGGAUGCUCCUGUAGUUGUGCAACUGGGAGAAACUUGACCUUCAAACUCAAGGUCACCUGUCAUAAACUAUUGUGAACUUUCAACUUCAUCAUGAAACAUUCCAACUCUUCUCCCCAUACUUUCAGCCAUGUGUCAUUGUUUUAAAGAAUAUGGGCAAUAUUACCUAGUAAGCUUGAUUACACAGAAUCUGCAACACUUCCAGGUUGUAACUUGGAGGGGGAAAUAUGAAUAAAAGAAAUUGUUGAGAAACAUAAAGUGGUGUGCCUCUUGACAUCAGAUUU